AUGGUGAAUACAGCAAAGGCGUCGUUAUUUUUCCAAAUCCUUCUCUUUUCCUGUGCAACAACUCCUAUAGUGUGGCUUUCGGUGCCUGAAGGUCAUUACAUCAUCCUGAUCUGCAGCGGCCACACCCACAGAAACACCACCUUCCUGGAGUGGAGAGGUGCAGACGGUGAUGUCAUCGCCAUCAAAAGGGGCCACUCGGCCACCACCAUGAGGGACCAUAAGUACUCACUCUUGUCCGACGGAUCCCUGUUGAUCAAAUCGCUUCACCGCACAGAUUCCGGGGAGUACCGCUGCAGAGAGCAGGUAGUGGCGGACGUGGAGGUCCUGACAGGUCAGGACUACAACGUCACGGCUGGGAGAACCGUACUGCUUCCCUGCAAGGUCACGGACAAACACAGACAGAAAUGGGUACUCAAGAGAAACAAGGAACGCAAACCCAUCUACACCAGACACAAGAACGGAACCGUGAGGAAAGAGAUAGAGGACCCGCAGAACCGGUUCUCGCACAUGGAGGACAACACCCUGCAGAUAGCCGAUCUGCAGCCCGAAGACACAGGGGAGUACUGGUGUAACGGCAGGAGGGCCGCCAGCCUGACGGUGAGGACAGAUCAUCCAUGCUUGCACACAGUACAGUCAGCCCUCUUUAACGUUGCCGCUGUGUGA